AUAUAACUCAUCCAUAUAAUACAUUCUGAGGCCUUAUUCACCAACGUUACUUUGCCCUUGUUAGCUUGGUUCAUUUAUACGAGAUAAAGGGCGUACUCCUGAUCGAAGACAACGUUUUUGGCAGAACACCGGGGCUUGUCACGUGACGUUCUUGGAUUCAAAACAAACUAGAACAGAAAAGCGGGGCGGGGUGAAAUUAACUAUGACCCAAAAUACAAAAAAAGAUAAAACGUUGAUUUUCAUUUACUUAAAUUUCACAUAAAUUUUUUAAAUUGCAGAAUCGUUUUUAUGUUAUAUCUUUUGAAUCAGUAAAGUUAUAUAGUGGCCAGAAAAUAUAUUUUACCAGAUUUCAGAUACUGUCAGCAUUGCUAAACUGCUCUAACAGUAAUACAUCACCUAUUGAAGAGUUAUUUGAAAGUACCGCAGCAAUUUCCUAAUGUUGUGAUUUCUCACACAUAGACAGACUGAUACAUCCCAGAUGUAUCAUGGGAAAAUAACGCUACCGUGGGUCAUUCAUCCACUCUGCAGUAAGAGUAUAUAACUCCUAAAUCUAAGUGGUACUGGCAUUAUCCUGGUACACAAUAAUACCAAUGCAAUGUUCAUUAUGUGUCUAUUCUAUUCUGUUCUAUUCUAUUAUAUUUAAAUAAGAUUAAUACAUAAAAUCAGCUAUAAUCAAACCUCUUCUAAAUAUUUCAACAGCGCGAAAGUUCAGUUACAGCUUAUCGCCACUAGAAUACUAGAAUACUGUCGCUUCUAGCGUGUAAUUUCAGGUUUUAGCCACUGCAUGGCGCAAAAUCCCCGUCCCCGCUUAUCUUCAGACCCAGUAAGCAGUUCCUGCUUGUCGCCACUGGAGGGAGCGAAUGCCUCUCCUCGUUCAUAUUAGGGCAAUAAAAACUGAGUUUGUAGCUCGCUGAGUUUAGCAUUUUGACUUCACACAACUAUCGUGUCCAACACUGUUACAUAGACACAGUUUUAACUGUGUUCUAAGCUAAAUAAAAAUUGAAAAAGCCUUUUGGAGAGAGAGUUUCCCGGUUGCUAAUGCCAAAAUGCCAUGACAUUUUAUUUUGAAAGAAUUUACAGGAAAUGCACACAUCUAAUAUUUGUACUGUGCCUCGGCCAGCCUGUCGACUGGCCUGACCACAUCUCCCACAAUGCAUGUGUUCGUUUCCUUAGAAACGGAUUGUUGGUACUCUGUUAGACUCAAAGGACAAGAAGCACUUUUUCCUGCAUUAUUGGUUGACUCUUUCCCUGGUGACACUAUGAACGGAGCACCAGUGGAUUUAUCCUUCAAAAAUAUCAGCAAACUGACUGAUGCUCUCAUGGAGGAGCCUAAGAGCAGCCUGCGGCCUUUAAAAAGAAAUGCAGAGGGGAAAUACAUCAGCUGUUCCCUGCGCCUCAGUAAUAAUUCCAUCACUGACCUGUGUGACCUCCAGAAGACUGUUAGCCACUUCCUGGCUGAACCCUCACACCUUGCCUGGCUCGACCUUUCCUUCAACCAAAUCUCACAUAUAGACCAGGCUUUGUGCAAGAUGCAUGAACUCCGUGUGUUAUACCUUCAUGGAAACAACAUUUACUCUCUGUCAGAGCUGGACAGGCUGGGAGCCCUGCCACAUCUUCACUCUAUAACUCUGCAAGGAAAUCCAGUAGAGACAAAUAAAACUUACAGGAAUCGUGUGAUUUCAGCUCUGCCUCAGUUAAAGACGGUGGACUUCAGCGCCGUCACACAGCAGGAGCGAGUCCUGGCAAAGCUGUGGCAUCAAGGAAACAGCCGUAGCAAACGCAGUGAAAAGAGAGUCUAGUCGAUGUUCUCGGUCAUUUCUUGCAAAA